GGGCAGCAGGCGGGCAGGGAGCAGCCGAAGAAAGGAAGGGGCGACCAUGCUGUGCUGUAUGAGAAGAACAAAACAGGUGGAAAAGAAUGAUGACCCGGACCAAAAGCUGGAUCAGGAUGGCGCCAAGCCCGAAGACAAAGCCCACAAAGCAGCCACCAAGAUCCAGGCUAGUUUCCGUGGACACAUAACCAGGAAAAAGCUCAAGGGCGACAAGAAGGGCGACCCCCGGCCUGCCGGCCCUGAUGCUGCGGCCCCAAAGGAGCAGGAGGAGGCGGGGAAGGAGCAGGAGGAGGCGGAGGGCCCAGGGCCUGACCCGGCCCCUGUGGGCCCCAAGGAGGAAGGUGGCACCUCGACCCCUGGCCCCCAGCCCGAGGGGGGCAGCGACACCGCAGCAGAGGGGGGCGAGGGGGCGGGGACCGUUGAGGCACCCCGUGAGGAGAAGACGGAGACCCCGGCCACCGCUCCACCAUCUGGGGAGAAGCCUGGUAGUCCAGCCAAGACACCCAUCGCUGACAACUCACCGUCCUCCAAGGCUGAUGAUGCCACGGUCGUGAAGGACCCCAAGCCUGCCACCGCUGUGCCCGCUGUCGCACCCCCCACUGCCACCGCCGAGGACCCUGCCCCCCAGGGACCCACUGCGCCGGAGGCCACCGAUCCCCGCCCAGCCCAGGAGCUGACAGACGCUGUAGAAGAAACCAAACUGAUGGAGAGUGCCCGGCAAGAGGAAGGGAAGGAAGAAGACAAGGCAGACCAAGAACGUGCCUAAACCUGGAGAAAAAAACUCCCCGCAUCCCUUCCCACCCCACCCAGUCCCCUCCCCCUCCCGCCCCUCCCUCC